GGUUUGCUGAACAUGACUUCCGACUGGAGCUGGCAGAAGGGGGCUGCGGUUUUGCUGGUGGGAAACAUGGGGAGACAUCCAUAAAUGCACAAAAUUUCUGUUGGUUAUCGCCUCCGGGGGUCUUCCUCUCUCCGAUCAACCUUCAUGAUAAGAUAACGGCGCCUUUGUGCCGAAGCACUGCGUAAGUACUCCUCUCUUUCCGCUGGGACGAUGAAUAAGCAGCCUAGUAAGGAGUCUCUGAAGGAAAGACUGAAGGGAGUGUUUGGUCUCGGGCAGCCUCGUCUGCCCAGUAAACAGACGGAGAGUAAACCAUCGGAGUUCAUCAUCACCUACGACAUCCUGAAGGAACUAGCACCUGAGUGUGGGCUUAGUAACAGGAUCAGAGUCAUCAACCAUGUCUGUGACCUCGCCAAGUCCAAAAAGUUUGAAGAACAUGCUGUGGAGGCACUAUGGAAGGCGGUGGAGGACAUGAUGCAGCCAGAACAACCACCUGAAGCUCGACACGCUGUACUGCUGCUGCUCAGAGCUAUUAUUCAGGGACAGGGGGAAAGACUGGGUCCACUGAGAGCGUAUUUCUUUAAGAUCAUCUGGGACUACCAGCCGUGUAAUGAAGAUCUACCUGAGAGACUCGGGGUGUUCAAGGCCCUCACAGAGAAUGGGAAAGAUGUCACAUACCUGGAGGAUGAGAUAGCUCGGUUUGUGGUGGUGUGGAUGGACACGGGCUUGACUGCUGAUUUUCUGCAAGUUCUCGUCAAUCUGGUGAAGUUCAACUCUUGCUACCUGGACCAGAACGUCUCCCUGAUGGUCCAGAAGAUCUGCGUGCUGUGUAACAGAACCACAUCGUCCACAGAUAUUGAGGUGGCUUUGCAGGUGUUGGAUGCAGUGGUGUGUUAUAACUGCUUACCCUCUGACUCUCUGGCCAUCUUCAUCGUCACGCUCUGCAGAACCGUCAACGUUAAGGAGUUCUGCGAGUCCUGCUGGAAGCUUAUGCGUAAAGUGCUGGGGACUCACCUGGGCCACAGUGCCAUCUACACCAUGUGCCGCAUCAUGGAGGAAAGGGCCUAUAUGGAGGACGCUGCGCUGUUGAGGGGGGCUGUGUUUUUUGUUGGCAUGGCACUGUGGGGGGCUCACAGACUCCCUGCUCUCAAAAACACACCCACACUGGUGCUGCCCUCCUUCUACAAGGCUAUGAACUGUGCUAACGAGGUGGUUUCCUACGAGAUCGUCCUGUCAAUCACACGGCUCAUCAAGAAAUACGGCAAAGAUCUGCAGGUGGUCACCUGGGACAUCCUGCUGGCCAUUAUAGAGAGACUACUGCAGCAGAUACAGACUAUAGGCAGUCCGGAGCUGAAGGCCAUUGUGUUUGAGCUGUUGAGCACGGUGGAGGAGCUUUAUGAGCAGAACGACUUCCAUGGAUCCUCUGAGAGGUUCUUCAGCCUGGUGGAGAAAUGCGCUGAUAAACGGCCCGAUGCGUCAGUGCUGACUCUGAUCUCAUACCGAGCUCAGUCCAUCCAACCUGCGAAAGACGGCUGGAUCCAGAGCCUGCACCGCCUCAUGGAGAAAUUCUUCAGGAAUGAGACGCGUAGUGUGAUCAGAAUUAAAGUGUUGCACAUCCUCUCGUUCGUCCUCAGCACCAACAGACAGCUGUACGAGGAGGAGCUGAUAGAGGUGGUUGUGAUCCCUCAGCUGGGACAGAUAGCGGAGGACCGAGAUCUGUCUGUCCGUAAACAGGCCACCCAGCUGCUGGUGGAUCUGGCUGAGGGCUGCAACACGCACCACUUCAACAGCCUGCUGGACAUCAUCGAGAAGGUGGCGAGCCGUCCGUUGACGUGUGCUGUGGAUGGAGAGCGAGAUCAGUCGGCUGAGUCUCCGAUGGAGGAUGUCAAAACUGCCAUACUGGGCCUCCUGGAGAUACUGCAGAGUAAGCUGUACAGUCUUCCAGCCAGUCAUGCGAGUCGAGUGUACGAGCUACUGAUCAGCCACCUGCAGCUACACUACAAAAACAAAUACUGCUCCGCCCUCGCCAGCUCCGUACGCCUGCAGGUGUUCGAUUUCCUGUUGUUGAUGAGGGCUGACUCUCUCCAUCGUUUGGGGGUGCCCAAUAAAGAUGGAGUGCUCAGAUUCAGCCCCUACUGCUACUGUGACGUGGGUGGGACUGAGAAGAGGGAAGCGGAGAAAAAGCCAACAGGCACUGUUUCACCACCAGCAGGAAGCCCUGCCCCUGCAGCCCCGUCCACGUCCAUCCGCACCACUUACCUGCCCUACAGCCUCGCUUUCGGUGUGCUGCUGCAGUGCCUCAAAACGGAAACAGACUGGAAAGUGCUGAAGUUGGUUUUGGAUAAGAUGCCAUGGACUCUACAAUAUAAAGUCUUGCUGCUUACAUCCCCCUGCAGUGUGGACCAGCUCUGCUCCACUCUCUGCUCCAUGGUGACCGAUCGUCUGAUCUCAGACAGACUGAAACGGACUCCGGAUGGUUUUUCACGGACAGACGUGCAGCUGGCUGUAGUUCCGGUUCUGACCGCCCUCACGUCCUAUCACAGCUACCUGGAGCAGUCCAGACAGAGGGAGCUUGUUCAGUGUUUGGAGACGGGGCUGAUCUAUCGUUGUGCUAAGCAGUGUGUUGUUGCUCUCACCAUGUGUACGAUUGAGAUGCCAGACAUCAUGAUCAAACUCCUCCCCGCCCUCAUUGUCAAGCUCACGCACAUCUCCGCCACUGUCGCCAUGGCGACACCCAUGCUGGAGUUCCUGUCCACGCUGGUGCGGUUGCCUCACCUGUAUGCUAACUUUGUUGCUGAGCAGUAUGUCAGUGUGUUUGCGAUCUCGCUGCCAUACACCAACCCCUCCAAGUUUAAUCAGUAUAUAGUGUCCCUCGCCCAUCAUGUGAUCGCCAUGUGGUUCAUCCGCUGCAGACUGCCCUUCAGGAAAGACUUUGUGCAGUACAUCACCAAGGGUCUUCGAUCUAACGCUCUGCUCCCGUUCGAUGACACACAUGAGCAGAGCAGUUUCCGAGCCCGCAGCACCAGCCUGAACGAGAGGCCGAAGAGUUUGCGGACCGCCAAAAUGGCCAAACAGAGCCAGAGUGCUAACUCCCCCGUUAAAGAGCUGAAAGAUCUGUCGGCCAUGGAUGCCUUCCGUUCCCGAAGCAUCAGCGUAUCCGAGCACGCGGUGCGCAGGAUGCACACCUCCACCACCACCUGCAGCCUCGGCUCGGCGGACGAGAGCGCGGUGGUCCAGGCUGACGAUGCACUGAAGACUGUCCAUCUGGAGCUCACUGAAACCUGUCUGGACAUGAUGGCCCGCUACGUCUUCUCCAACUUCUCUGCUCUGCCUAAAAGGUCACCCAUUGCCGAGUUUCUUUUGGCUGGAGGCCCCAGCAUGACAUGGCUGGUGGGCAACAAACUUGUUACCAUAACAACCAGUGGUGGGUCACGAACCCAGACACUACUGGGGCUCGACAUGGCAGAGAGACCUGGAGGAGGAGAGAUGACCCGGUCAGAUCCAACACUGCACAGGCAAACCAAAGAAGCUCCAGCCAAACUGGAGUCACAGUCCACACAACAGCUGAACAGAGCCACACGCAUCAGAGUUCGCUCGAUGUCCGGUGGUCAUGCUCUUCGUGCUGGUCCAGCUCAAAGCCUGAGCCCGUUGGUUUCUCCCUCUGACGGAGAGUUUGGUGGUCCGCUGCCCCCACCAGGGCCUCCACUGGAAGGGUUAAACUGCACCCGGGCUACUGAAGAACUGCCCCAGACCACCUCUGCUGCUCUCCCUGUGAAAGAUAAAACUGGCCUGGCUGAGUUUGUGCCCAUGCUGACCCAAGGGUGGGCUGAGAUCUUCAUACGCAGACCUUCAGGUACCACCAGCUGGCUGAUGUGUUUGGAGAACCCUCCAAGUCCGUUCUCCUCAGAGUUGGGCAACAUGCCUCUUCAGGAGCUCUCCAGUGUCCUGAUGGCCAUGGAGGGUGUAAAAGAACCUCAGAGCGAUCCCCCGAGUGCCCCCUCUGAUGCACCCCAGAGCCACAGCAAGCCCAGCCUUAUACAGCGAUCCAACACAGUGGGCUCUCUCUGCUCUCUCUGCCCCUCCGAUCAGCCAGGCAGGUUACAUAGGAGUAUAUCCUGGGCAGACUCUGUGGUGGUUUUGGAGGAAGGUGGCCGGGGCAAAGGACCAGAUUCACCCUCUGAUUCGGUGGAGAUACAGGGGUUUGAAGGCAUCCCAUCGGAGCCCAUCUUCAUGAAUACGGAAAAGACUCCCUCCUCCAUGCUUAGCAGGUCCUCCUCCACCUCCAGUCAGGACGAUGAGAAGUCGACCCUGGAGGAGGUUAGUGAAGGUGGCAUCCCGAUUGACCAGCCUCCCUUGACCUUCUCCAGCACAGCUGCAGACUCAGAUCUGCCCUUCUCUCACUCUCAAACACUCAACAAGUCCAGCUCCUCUCCAGAACUCCAGAUGCUGCCUGAGGCUUUCGCUAAAGCUGUAGGGUCUGGAGCUGGAUUUGGAGAUGCCCCAAGGUCCAGGACUCCAGUGGAGGGGAAAAUCCUGCCUACUCAAGCUUCAACUGAAAGAGAAGGCCCAGGAGAAGCUGGUGGCCAAGGGGAAAGCAUUGGGUCAAUAGGGCCCUCCAGCAUAGGUGCCACUGUGAGUGUAUCCUCCUCCUCUUCUUCAGCUUCCAAGAUGAAGCUGGAGUUCCCGAGCGUCCAGUCAGGUCCGCUUUCCCCCAGUGGGCACCGGCCCCGCGGACACACCAUCUCCGUUUCUGCUCCGUCGUCACGCAGGGAGAGGAAAUCAGACAGAGACUCCUACCACAACCGCGGAGGUCCGACUAACGUAGAGAAGAGCUCCGGACUGAGCCCCAGUUUUGUAUUUCUGCAGCUUUACCAUUCGCCCUUCUUCGGCAACGAGGCCAACAAGCCCCUCCUACUGCCAAAAUCUGAGCUGAUUGAUCGAGCUGUUAAAGUGCUGGAUCAGAUGCCACCAUACGACACACAUAAAAUAGGGGUGGUGUUUGUGGGACCUGGGCAGGCAAAUAAUGAGGUAGCGAUUCUGUCCAACGAGUAUGGCUCAAACCGUUACGCCCGGUUCCUGACCGGUCUGGGUAAACUGAUCCACUUGAAGGAUUGUGACCCUGACCAGAUCUUCCUGGGGGGUCUGGACCACGGGAGAUACGCUGAUGACGGAGAGUUCACCUACUGCUGGCACGAUGACAUCAUGCAGGCUAUUUUCCACAUAGCCACACUGAUGCCCAACAGAGAGAGUGAUAAAAGCUGCUGUAACAAGAAACGACACAUCGGGAAUGACUUUGUGGUGGUGGUUUACAACGACUCAGGAGAGGAAUACAAGCUUGGUACUAUUAAGGGCCAGUUUAACUUUGUGGAGGUGCUGAUUAAGCCGUUGGACUACGAGAGCAACCUGGUCACGCUGCAGUGUCGCAGAGACCUGGAGGGGUUAGUGGACACUACAGUGGCCAAAAUAGUCUCUGACCAGAACCUUCCACUGCUGGUCAGACAGAUGGCCCUUCAUGCUAACAUGGCAUCACUGGUCCAUCAGUACAGGGCAAAUCCGUCAGACGCCUACGCUUCCAAGUGGCUGGCACGACUCCGGCACAUCAAGAGGAUCAGAACUCGGGCUCAAGAGGAGAUUCAGUCUCGCCCGACGCCUGGAAUCUCCCUCACGCAGAGCCAUGGCCCAAUGCAAAACAAAGCCACCCACCAGCCGUCAGGACCCGCCUCCACAACAGACUCCGGCCAAAGGAAGCGGCUGGUGUCGACAGUCGACGAUUUUACCGAUUUUGUUUGAAAAGAUUCUUCUUUUGAGCCUUUUCACUAAAACAACCCCCUGACCUUCUGUCCUCCAUCAUCUGAUGAAUGGAAGGGCCAAAUUUUAUUAUUAUUAUUAUUAUUAUUAUUAUUAUUAUUAUUAUCGAUAAGUUCAGCCCUGAAUUGUACACAUUGCCUGCUUAUUUGAAGCAGAUGAACCCAUUUUAGAAAGGCUACCUUAAGCACCUCUGCCUGAAUUUGAUUCAGCACUGAUCAACCUGAUCGAUUUCAAUGUGUUUUCAACACAGAAUAACUUUAUUUUAACCCUCUAAAGUGAAAAAAGCUCUGACCUCUCGUAUCGCUUCUCAUGUAGCACUCUUACUAACACUCUCACACAUACUCACUCACUCACUCACUCACACUCACUCACUCACUCUCUCACACUC